AUGGUGGCAUCCACUUCAUUGAAUGUGGUCCCAGAGGAUCCAACAGCAUAUAAAACAAAGGAAUACUGGGAACAACGUUAUCAACAAGAAUCGCCUGAUACCACCUUCGACUGGUUCAAAACUCAUGAAGAAUUAAAACCACUAUUUCAAGGCUGCAUUCCUCAUAAGGAUGCCUCCAUUCUUAUUCUCGGCUGUGGAAACUCCACUCUCGGUGAAGACAUGUACCGUGAUGGUUACAAAAACAUUACCAACAUUGACUACUCUGGCACUGUGAUUGAAAAUAUGAAAAAGCGAUGUGAGGAUAUGCCUGAUAUGAAGUGGUUGGAAAUGGAUAUUCGAGCGCUCGAGUUUGAAAAUGAAUCGUUUGACAUUAUUAUUGAUAAAGGUACGAUGGAUGCAUUGAUGUGUGAUCGUGGUGAUGUCUGGGAUCCUUCUGAAGAGUUGGUGGCCGAAGUGAAGAAAGAAGUGGACGAAGUAGAACGUGUCCUUAAAGUGGGAGGCAGCUUUAUCUACAUCACCUUUGGCCAGCCUCAUUUCCGUAAACGACAUCUUGUGCGCGACUGCUGGCAAGUGAAGACGCAAACCUUGGGCGAUGCAUUUCACUAUUUCUUCUAUUCCAUGCAAAAGGAGAAGCCAUCCACCCCCUCUUCUUAA